GGAAAUUUCAUUCUGUUUACGGAAGUCAGGAUGUCACGUGGAUUCUUUCACACCGCUUACUAGAGUUUAUAACUUUUAUAAUCGCGUUUUUACACUUGUAUUAAUCGCGAAAGAGCUUCAGAGAGAUGAAUAAUGAUAAGAGGUGAUUUGAGUCAGAGUUAAACACAGAGAUGGAUCUCGAGGCGGAUAUUAUAGAGUUCCGAGUUCCAACUGAAAACAAUAAAACUCUGUUUAUUUGGGAAAUUCAGCCUUCACACUCCGAGGCGUUUAUUUAUGAGUCCCUGUGCAGUGUGUAUUCUUCCUUUGGAGCGCUCUACCUGGUGAAGGUGUGUCCCAACGCCUCCGUGGCAGCGCCGGGGUUUUACGCACUGGUCAAGUUUUACUCCUCUGCCCAGGCGUCCAAGGCUCAAAGAUCCACAGAUAAACAGUGUCUGUUCCAGGAAGUUCCUCUCAAAGUCAGACUGAGCACAAAGCAGAACCCGAAGUUCUUGUCUGAAUCCCAGUCCCUCAGCAAUGCUAAGUGCCAAGACUUGGCUAAUCAUUACCUCGGUUACAACGGCUGGUCUACUCGCAUCAUCACUGUGAAAGAUAUAUCGCAGUGUGCAGAUGCGGGUUGGAGUUUGGACGCAGGCAGCCAGGGAGAGCUGCUGAAAUACGGCUGUAUCGUGGAGCUGAUUCUCCCUCGGCAUGGAGUGACGUGCCGUGGGGUUGGUGUCGCUGAGGAGGUGGUGGAUAAGGAGAAAGGUCCAGAGGAAAAGCUGUGGAAAAGACGAACGCUUAUGAAAUGGGCUAAAGAUAAAGCAGUGGUUGCAGCCUUUGAGAAAGUGUUAUUAAUAGUUCUUGGGAAUGGAAAAGUAGCCGUGGAAUGCAGAACGGAUCAAGAGGAAAUUUUGCCCGAUGAGAACGUCGAGGGAAUCCUUCAGGUUAAUGACAUUUCAUGGAAGGAGUUUGCGGCUGCUGAAGCAGAGGAAGAAGAUCUACCAUGGAACUGCACAUGGGACGGCUCUCAUUAACUUUCACUUGUGUUUAAAGUUAAAUCCUCAUUUUAUUGACCAACCGCAGUGUUAAACCACUAAAAGAGAAACUAAACAAACUACAGCAUGGAACCUUUUUUUUUAAGGGUUUCAUUUUGCCGGUAAUAAAACACAUCUACGAGCUUCUCGUUCUUCUCCGUGUUUUACAAUUUGAUUUGCAUAAAAUGUUUUUUUUCUAAUCGACACCGUUAAAUAAAUGAACAGAAUGAUGAGAAGA